AUGGCUGGUGAAGACGAAGUCUAUACGAGGCUACAAACGCUGGCCGAUAGAAUUGCCAGUCUCGACGACGUCAAAGCUCUGUGGACAGACCCGGAACUCACCCCACCCCUCUGUCCCCCAUCAUGCCCAGGAGACAGCCCGCCGGCGCCGCCGCAGCUCCUGGUCGCCACCGCCGAGGUUUUCGGCAUCGCAUACUGGUUUGACGCGAGGUUCAAGCAGUCCUCGACCAACGCCGCUGUAAUGUCGGCGGGCGUGCUCUUGGGCGAAUCCAGCUUCUUCCACAAGCGGCAGAUGCUGAAUGGAAAGGAUUUCGACUUUGAUCGCCGGUACCCGGAGUGGCUGCUGGCCAACGGGCGUGUGGACUGGCUCCACAAGGACGGUAUAUGCCCGGUCGUGACAUACCUCCAGCUCCUCAUCCGGAGGACUCCCCCCAAGGACUGGACGCACGACGAGGCAUUGCACUUCGCACGCAACUGGGCAGUGCAGGAGGCGGGUGAGCAGACAGCCUUUGUGGUCAUGGCUGUGACGAUGGGCAGACACGUUGCGAGGACGCAGCAGCAGCGGCUGGCUGAGGCCUCUGACAGGGCGCACACGAGGUCAGAAUCACACUCGCAUGUAGGUAACAUCUUACACGCCCUGGCCCAUUGGGGCCAUUGGCCCUCCAACUGCGCCAAUCUGGGGCAAGCCCGUGGCUACGAUCACAUCCAAGAGUCUUUGUCCGAAUCCUUCGCUCUCGACGACCCAGACAAUGUCUACGUCGUGCAGGAGGCGGUCAAAAGGCUGGAGAAGAUGGGAUUGCUAUACGCAGAGCUGCUCAGCCAGAACGAUACCCACGCAUGCGCCAUGGCUUCUGCUCGGUCAGCAGCAAGCCAGUCGGAAAUCGUGGACGUCCUGAGCGAGCUUGGCGUAGACUCCAUACUCCAGGGGCGCAAUGAGCUUGCGGCAGCUAUUCAGUUUUGGAAGGACUUCAUCAUGGGAAAGAUGGAUAUGACGAGACUCACGGAAACAGGUCUACAGGCGGUUCCAAAUGGGCAGGCGACUGUCUCAUAA